CCAAAUUGGGGCUAUAGUUAUCUUCGCCUCUGGAAUUUAUUUGUUGAAGACUGAAGUCUAAAGGCUUGUUGUUCUUUUCUUGGACACAUCCCCUACUUGGCUAUUUUCUUUGAAUAUUUAUUUUGUUUUUUUCUGCUCUGAAUUUAGUGCAUAAUUCUAUUAUCGGACAUAUUUUGUGGAAAUAACACCAGAAAGCUUGCGCAGAGGUGUUGGACUAAGCUGCAGUUUUGAGUCUUCACGUGGAACUGGCACAUUCAAAAGAGACUUGGUGUUUGGGAAAGAAGACUGAAACCUCCUGCCCUGACUGAGGAGGAUGAAGAACAAGGUGCGCUGCCUAUGGAAAUGCCAGCUCUGAUCCGGUCCACUCCAGACACUUGAUUACUGUGCAGUCCCUGAAACUGCAGCCCUGGACAUGGCCCUAAUGGCAAACCAUGAGCACGUAAGAGAAAUUGAGGCGCUUCGAGCCAAGCUGGAGAAACUGACCGCCCAAUACGGCUUUGGUCUACAGCGAUUUGCUGGUUCUGACGAGAAUAUACGUUUUUACACAAGCUAAAUGAAAACAGGAGAGGAGGGGAAACAGAGAAGUCAUCUGCUUCAUCUGAACGAAGACGCAGAAACAGAAACUCAUGGGGCUGGGAGAGGCUUCAGCGAGAGGGACAGCCAUGGACAGAGACUGUCUCAGCUGCAUCAAAUACCUAAUGUUUGUCUUCAACUUUCUCAUCUUUCUGGGAGGCUCCUUCCUCCUGGGUGUGGGUGUGUGGGUGCUGGUGGACCCUACAGGCUUCAAGGAGAUCGUAGCAGCCAACCCUCUGCUCUUCACAGGAGUCUACAUCAUCCUGGCCAUGGGGGGAAUGCUUUUCCUAUUGGGCUUCCUGGGCUGCUGUGGAGCCAUCCGGGAGAACAAGUGUCUGCUGAUGUUUUUCUUCAUGCUCAUCCUGGUCAUCUUCCUGGCGGAACUAGCUGCAGCCAUCCUGGCCUUCAUAUUCCGGGAGCAUCUGACCAGAGAGUACUUCACUAAGGAGCUGAAGAGGCAUUACCAGGGCUACAAUAACACUGAUGUCUUCACUGGAACGUGGAACGCUAUCAUGAACACUUUUGACUGCUGCGGCGUGAACAGCCCGGUGGACUUUGAGGAGAGCCUGUUCAGGCGGAUCAACCCUAAUGAGAUGGUCCCUGCGGCCUGCUGCAGGAGGGGUAGUCACCCCGGAGACUCAGCCUACAUCCCCCAGGAGGAGUGUUUGAUGGGGAACAUGCUGUUCAGAAACAACAAGGGCUGCUACUCAGCGGUGGUGGACUACUUUGAGCUGUACAUCUAUGUGGCUGGAGCGCUGGCCAUCGUGGUGCUCACCAUUGAGCUGUUUGCCAUGGUCUUUGCCAUGUGUCUCUUCAGAGGUAUCCAGUAGGAUUACCGCACCACACACCGGACAGGAGGACUUUUUGGAGCUAGAAAAGGGAAAUCAGGAGAAGGGAAAGAAAAAUGUACACUUGUAAAUUUAUUGUUCUCUUUUAUAUCUGCAAAAUUGAUUGGUUGGUUGGAAAACAAAAUAAACAACACUCGGAAAACAAACAACUAGUACUUCUCAGCUGGACUUUUGAGGUACUUGGUGACAAAAAAAAGAAACGAUAGAAAGAGAAAAAGAAUGACAGGAAAACGGCAAGAAAACGUAUGUAAAGUGAUUUGUGUGUAAAGUGAAACAGAUGUUUCAUGGACCAGGUCUAACACAGACCGGGUGUAUAGUAGUGGAACGCGAAGAGGACCUGGGUGAAACCAGGCGUGGUAAAUAAGAGGACCCGGUUGAAGCUUGCCCUGCAGCAGAAGUAGCUUGAGACCCAGAUCUGUUUGUGCUGUCUUGCUAGCUAACUGGGACUCAGGCUAGAGCAGAAGACACUGCACUGACUUUUGGAUGAAGAAUAUUUAUACUUACUGAGUAAAAAGUUGGCUUGACUAAUAUAGAAAUAUGUGUUUUGUGUACACUUUAGCUGUUCCUUCCUAUUACCACUUUUCCCUCCCCCGAUCCCCCACCCUUCCAUCUACUGCUACCACAAUCCCUCCCUCUUUCCCACUCCCUCCCUCCACAUACUAUUGUUAGAGCCAUACCUCUUUAAUGCUGUAAAAAGUCCCAUCUAAAUGUGUGUGUGUGUGUGUGUGUGUGUCCGUCCUUGUAUGAAUGAAUGAAUGCAUGUGUGCAUGUUUCCCCUUUUUGACCAUCCGUGCUUGAAUGCCAACUUCUGAUAAAAUAUUGUAUUUGUAUUGUGAUGUUCAUUGCAAUAGUGGUUACAUGUGGCUUAGGUGAAAAUAAAUGUAUUUGUAUGCAUUUGUAUUAGAUUCUUGAAAAGACAAUGACAUUAAAAUGGCAUUCUAAAA